AUUUUCAGGAUAGAUGUCGGUCUUCGAAGGCAAAGUAAUAAUUGUAACCGGAGCCAGCUCUGGAAUUGGGGCAGGAGCUGCCGUCCACUUGGCCAGUCUCGGUGGACUCUUGGUAAUCGUGGGACGCAAUGUGGAAAAAUUGAAGGAGACCGCUGAUGGUAUUCUGGCUGCUGGGGGAGCUCCGGCAUUGCAGCUGCAGGCUGAUAUGACCAAGGAGGCGGAUGUGGAGAAGAUAAUAGCCGCCACCCUGGAGAAGCAUGGUUGCAUCGAUGUGUUGGUCAACAAUGCGGGCAUUUUGGAAACUGGAUCCAUUGAAAACACAAGUCUCGCGCAGUUCGAUCGCCUUAUGAACACCAACGUACGUGCCAUGUACCAGCUAACUAUGUUGGCCACUCCCGAGCUGAUCAAAACCAAGGGAACCAUUGUAAACGUGUCUAGUGUGUGUGGAGUCCGUGCAUUUCCUGGUGUCUUGGCCUACAAUGUGUCCAAGGCCGCAGUGGAUCAGUUCACAGCCUGUGUGGCCCUGGAACUGGCUCCCAAAGGGGUGCGCGUCAAUGCCGUCAACCCUGGCGUAAUUAUCACCGAGAUACACAAGCGCGGCGGCAUGGAUGAGGAAACGUACGCCAAAUUCCUGGAGCAUUGCAAGGUCACCCACGCCCUGGGUCGCCCUGGUCAGGUGAAGGAGGUGGCUGCUGCAAUUGCCUUCCUAGCCAGCGACGCGGCUAGCUUCACCACUGGCAUCAGCCUGCCCGUGGACGGCGGUCGCCAUGCCAUGUGUCCCCGCUAAAACGCUUGGAAACAAGAAGAACCGAUGGCAUUUAAAGCACAUAUCUGUGCAUAUACGUUAAUAAAUUUUUAUAAAUGAAA